AUAAAUACACGGCUGGGGUCAGCCAAAGAUGGCUGCGUUCAGGCUAGUUGAGCAAAGGUUGGAGUGAACCCCAGCGUGCCGAGGAGGGUUGUGAGCAGAGCAUAAGGCUCAAGAUGAAAAAUCAUGAACCAGAUGAUACUGUCAAGGAAGACUUAAUUUUCAAUAUCAUAACCAGAAAAAUUAACCACCUCCCAGAAGCAGAAAGGAAUCUAUUUGCACAUGGAUCAGUUUAUAUUGGACUUAAUGCUGCUCUCUGUGGUCUAAUAGCAAAUAGUCUUUCUCAACGCAUCUUAAAUGUGACACAGGCUCGUAUAGCUGCUGGCUUACCAAUGGCAGUGAUCCCAUUUUUGACUGCGCAUGCACCUUACAAAGGUUUUGUAAAUCUACCUUUGAAUACAGGUGAUUUGAAUUGUGAAACCUGUACCAUAACACGGGGUGGACUGGUUGGUCUUGUUUUUGGUGGUCUGUGUCCUGUUUUCUUGGCUAUACCUGUGAAUCGUGGCCUAGCAGCCAGGUAUGAGUCAGCCCUGCUACCAGAAAAAGGAAACAUCUUAACUUACUGGACUAGAAUUUCUAAGCCUGUCUUUAGAAAGAUGUUAUUUCCCAUUUUGCUCCAGACCAUGUUUGCCGCAUACCUUGGAUCUAGACAAUAUAAAUUAGUUAUAAAGGCUCCUCAGUUACCUGAACCUGGCCUAGAAAUUCAGUGAUUGUUAAACAACUUUGUACACAAAAAUAAAACCAUAAUGUAUGAAAAAAUAAAUACACGGCUGAACAA